AUGGCUCUCGUCAAGCUGUACGAUGCAUCCAACAAGUACAGACAACAAUUACACAAUGAAUUGACCCUGGCUCAGAGCGGCAAGAAAGCAUCAAAGCAACUUGUGACCAUGGCUGCUGCUAAUCACUUACGUGCAUCUGCGGAUGUUCUGAACCAUGGGUCUGGCAAGGACAAGUUGCUUGUCUAUGGUGGAAAGGACGAUGCAGUGGCUGAAGAAAUGGUACUCAGUAUUCAAGGGUAUCUUUUAAAGACCAAGUUACCACCCAUCACAAAGGAGUCGGACAUAGCACAGACCAAGGUUGUCCACACAGAGCAAUAUGUGCGCAUUGGAGGCCUGGCAGAUCCGCUGUUUGACCAGGGAGCUGUUGCGGUUCUUGCAAUUCAUCAAUUCCUGGAAUCAAGGCUUGGGUCGGGGUCAUUGCAAGAUAUGGAUGUCAAGCAAGAACAGGGACACAUUGUUCUUGACUUUCAUAACCGGUACCUCACCCCCCGUAGUGAAGCAGCAGUCACCAGCAUCAUCCCAUUUCCCAAUGACUAUGAUCCAAGACACAUCUUGCAAAGCCGGGUUACAGAUGAGGUCUUCACAACCAAUAAUGCUGUGCAGUUCUAUGAGCGGGUCAAGCUGGAUGGAUCUAGUCGCAGCAAGUAUCAGUUCAAAAAAUCUCAUCCAACUGCCUUGAGCGUUGGACAGCUUGUUGAGAUCCAGACGUCCUUUGCUGUGGUUCCAAGAGGCAAGAAAAAGUACAUGCUAAUCAACAAGCUACGAUCAAUCUGUGUUCUUGACCAGAGCAUUGAGAAUGAGAUCAAUCAGGAACGCAUCCAAGCAGCCUUGCGGAAGACAUCACCUACCCGGAAAGUGAAACGGAAUGUGGGCUAUGAGGAUGAUGACAGUGAAGUUGAGGAAGCCAGAGAGGAUGUGAAGUGCAUGCGGAUCAGCAGAUCAGAAUCUCCGUAG